ACUGCACGUUGAGCGUUGUAAACAGCAGGCCGGUUUUCCUCGCCAGCACGGCUGUUAGUAAUAAUGCUCCAACACUGGAACUAACACGGAUUUAUUAUUUUUCAACUACUUGAAACGUGAAGGUGAAACUUGAAAUUGAAAAGUCAAAAGCGGACGUGAUGGGAUUGUGCUUUUCACUCGACUGCGGGGACUGUGACGUGUGUUGUAACCCGUGCUGCCUGGCGCUGAGUGCUUGUUGCCUGGUGCCCUGCCUGUGUCCCAACGCGUGCGGCCAGCAGCAACAACAGCCGCCGCAGACAGUGCACAUCCACCACCCGCCCGUGGUGGUCGAGCAGCCGCCGCCACCGCCCGGAGGCUACCCGUACCCGCCGCCCCCGCCUGGCGCGUAUCCCGGCUACCCGCCGCCACCUCACGGCGGCUAUCCUCAUCCGGAGUACCAAGGCUAUCCUCCUCCGCAGCCUCACCCUAUGUAUAGGUGAACAUAGGCUAAAAUAAAUAAGUAUGGGUUGCAACAUCUCCUGCCGGCCGUGCUGCUGCUGCUGCAUCCCGUGUCUCUGCUGCGACUGCUGCGCGGAGCCGCCGCCGCCGCCACCGUGACGGUGGUUCACCACCACCCACCACCCGUGACCGUCGUCAACCAGCCGCCACCACCAUACGCCAGAUAGAACUUUACUAUAGAUAGAGUUAUUCAUGAAGACGCGCGCCUUGACUUUGUAUCAUCGUUUUAUCAAAUGUUAGAUUUGAAAAAUGAUAAAAUGUAUACGUCUUCGUGGAUGACAUGAACUAUAAAACCGUCAACCGCCACCGUGACGGUCGUUCACCAUCAUCACCUGCCGCCAGUCCCCGUUGUUAACCAGCCUCUACCAUACGCCAGAUGGAAACUAUACUUGAUGCGGUGUAUGAUGAUCUGUGAUAUCCAUACAGGCAAGCAUGGUCGAGUGAUAAAUUAUAUAAUAUCAGGCCGUCCCUUUCGCACUAUUGGUAAGUGCGAUAGGGACGGCCUGAUGUUUUAACGUUUAUCGCGCGACCAUGCUAUCAGUGCAGUUUGUCAACAUUUUUGGAAGGAUUUCAUUUAAAAAAUAAAUGAUGAGAUAGAUUUUACGGUACAUUUACUGUUUAAUUGUUAGGUACUUACAUGUCUAAUUCAAAAACUUUGUUGUAGGUAAAAAAAAUACAAAAAAAUUACAUUGACAGUUUCUUGCUACAAAACUGUACUUUACUGUCAUAUGGAUCAUCAACCAUCGUAUUCAUCAUCACCUGAAGUCUAAUACCAAACACGAUCAUUUAUGACUACAUUUUAACUAGAUAUAUUAUAUCAAAUUAAUUAAGAAAAUUCUGAAGUGGACAGAUGUCGGCAUGGUUCUAGUUUCAAACGUCUAUGCUCUUUGCCUGUUAUUAUGAUGAAUAAAAUAGAUGAGCGGUUGAGCAUAGUGGAAUCAGUACAAUAAAUGUACCUAUAGGUUUUGUUAUAUUAUACGUAAUAAAUAGU